GAUUUCGCAGCUAAUUCUUAUUUUAAUUAUGCACUUGCUCUCAAUUUCAUUCCUGCAAUACAAUUCAUGUCUGCAGUCAUAGCCAUUGCGAUAAUUAUGUGCUGAACGAGAGCUUUUACUUAUUACCUUCUCAAUCAAGAAGGUUGUCAAGCUUUGAUGAUGGUGGCACUAUUAUUCGCUCUCCUAGCAGGAGCUUUUGUAGUUGCUUACACCUCAGCGUUUGUAUGCGCCGGUCUCAGUGAAGACGUUACUGCUGUGGACAUUCUAAAUUCAAGUGGUGUAGAUGAUGACACACCAUCACCGAAGCAGCCAGCGGUGGAUGUGAUGUAA